AUGGUACACGAGAUUGUCACUGCGGCCGCCAGCUUCGCCAACCAGCUGGCUGCCUCUGCCAUAGGCGGGUGGGCCGUGCGGCCAGACGCGCCGCCCUGCCCGGCCUGCGUGUGCGAGCCACGGCUCACGUGCGGGGCUUGCCCCGGGCCGGCGGCGGCGCCGGUGUGCCCCGCGGUCACCUGCGACUGCAAGGGCUUGGAGUGCCCGGCGUGCGAGGCCGGGCAGCAGCGGCCGGGGCUCUCGCUCUCGGCCACGCUGGGCAGCGGGCUCGCGGCGGCCGCGGGCUUCGCCGCCGGAGCCGUCUGGACGCGGGGGUGCCGAAGGGGCGCCCGACAGCUGGGGCUCCGACCCGGCCUCGCGGCGCUGGAGGAGGCGCCCACUGGCCGCGGCGCCGGAGCUGGCGCGUCGCCGUCUGCGCCGCGCUCGCCUCGCUCGUCGGUCUCCUCGGCCUGGGGCCCCCAAGUGGCGGUCAACUUCGACGAGGACCCGAACUUCAGGUGGCAUAUGAGGGUACUGCGAGUCCGCCUGGCGGAUGGACGCUGGGUGGGCUGGACUCCCGACCUGGACGUGGUGGUGGUGAACCUGACCCAGCACAUCGUGGUGCCGAUCCCGAGACGGGCGCCAGCACCUGCGCGGGUGCGCGGGAACCUGUACGCGGCAGAGAUGCCGACGGACGAGGAGCUGGCGGCUGUGAGGCUCGAGGCGGACGCGCUGGGCAACAAGUUCGCGGAGACGGUGCCGGCGGACAUUGCCGGGAACCCGCUGAGGUUGAUGGCGAAGGGGGCUGCUGGGCUCGCGGAGGUGGAGGAGGACGGCGAGAUCUUCUGGACGUUCGUGGAGAAGGUCGGCGACCAGGACCUCGACGAGUGGCGGGAGGAGAAGAGGACGGGGCCUGGGCGAGACCCGCGGGUGCUCUCGGUGAAGCGCGAGGUCGGCCGAGCGAGGUGCCUCUCGAUGCGGGAGGGGCUCGCCCAGAUGAAGUUCUUCGAGACGGGGAAGGCGCCGAGCGACUGGCCGUUCCCCGCGGCGGCGCCGUCCGCGAUCCGCGAGGUGCUGCUGGCAGCGAGGGCGGCCAAGGAGGAGCUGGCGGGGUUUCACGACUUACUGGGUGCGCGCCACAGAGACCUGAUGACGAUCCUCCACCACAUGCUGAGCUUCGACCAGCUCAACCUGGGGCAGCUCUCGUCCGCGGAGAUGAUCGGGCGCCUGAUCCCCCGGAUUCAUCAGGCGACGAAGCGAAACCCCAAGAACCCCGAUUUCCGCGGGACCGAGCUGAUGACCAUGUCGACCCUGGACUCGUCUGGGGGAGUGCUCUCGGGGGAGUUCGCGCGGUGGACGGCCGAGGGGCAGAAGACCGCGGCCUUCGCCAUGAAGCAGCAGCGCCUGUACCAGGAGGAGGGGGACAAGCGCCGGGGCAACAAGGACAAGGACAAGAACAACAAGGACAAGGACAAGGACAAAGGCUAG